AUGCUCAAAUCAUCUGCAGAGAAAGAUGAAGAGGUGAUUUGUUACGUUGUGCGGGUCCUUACUCUUUCUCCGAAGAUAUACCGUAUUUCGAGUGACAUCGUUGUGAACGAAGGGAGCAACGUUACCCUGGUGUGCCUGGCCACAGGGAAGCCAGAGCCCUCCAUUUCCUGGAGACACAUCUCUCCAUCAGCAAAGCCCUUUGAGAGUGGGCAGUACCUGGACAUCUAUGGAAUUACAAGAGACCAGGCUGGGGAAUACGAGUGCAGCGCAGAAAACGAUGUCUCGGUCCCAGACGUGAAGAAAGUAAAAGUCACAGUAAACUGCACUGUCCCUGUCAACAUCCUAUAG